GAUAGGCGAGCGUGGAUCGGGCUGCGCUAGCAUGAUCAGGUGCUGCAGGUACCGGCUCGGUACCUGACAUGGUUGUACCUCAUCGACCCGGGGCGGGCGGGCUUCCGUCCCUCCUUCCUCAUGUAAGAAAUUCCCGUCGCACCCCGCAAUCCCUUCCAAAGCCGACGCCGUGCCACCGCCGAACGCCGACGUCGCUUGUGGCCCUGAGCCUCGCAUCCUUCUUUUUUCUCUCAACUCGUCACCCAUCCCGACUCCCUUCCCGACUCCCGAAAAACAAGGGGCCGCUCGUAUAUACAAUUCCCUUCUUCAUCUCGCCUACCGUCCCUCGUCUACGGCACAUAAUUCCUUGGAGCGGCCAUCUCAUCACGUCGUAGCAUAUUAAAGAGACAGCACGCCAGCAAUGGCGCAGACCGAAGACGUCGACAUGGCCGCGACCACCAAGAAGCGCUCCCUCGACUCGGCCAGCGUCUCAGGCUCCUCCACCAGCGACGAGUCCACGCGCAAGCGCCGCCGCAACAGGAACAAGAACCGCAAGUCCGGCAGCCCCAACGGCGACGUCGCCGUCGUCAAUGGCGCCGCCUCGGCGCGCCGCCCCAGCGCUUUUGACCAGCGCCGCAACAGCCUGGGCAAGGCCGCACGCGACCCCCGGGACGAACCGCCCCCCAAGAAGCGCGCCCCCGUCGCAGGCCAGGGCCAAAAGGUCCGCCCGCCGAGCCCCGUCAUCGACUAUGACGGCCUGAGCAGGCCGACCCGAGGCACGCGCCAACGCCGAGAGGAAGACCCCGAGCAGGCUGAGAAGCGCCUUGACAAGAUGCGCGGCGCCGUGCGCACCCUCCUCGAGUGUGUCGGCGAGGACCCGGACCGCGAGGGCCUCCUCGACACGCCUUCGCGUUACGCAAAGGCCCUUCUUUUCCUCACAAAGGGCUACCAGGUCAACGUCGAGGACAUUGUCAACAACGCCCUCUUCCACGAGGGCCACAACGAGAUGGUCAUUGUCAAGGACAUUGAGAUUCACAGCCUUUGCGAGCACCACCUCGUGCCCUUCAUCGGCAAGAUGCACAUCGGCUACAUCCCCUCCGACACCGUCAUCGGCCUCUCCAAGCUGCCCCGCAUCGCCGAGAUGUACGCCCGCCGCCUGCAGAUCCAGGAGCGCCUUACCAAGGAGGUCGCCCACGCCAUCAUGGAGAUCCUCAAGCCCCAGGGCGUCGCCGUCGUCAUGGAGUCGAGCCACCUCUGCAUGGUCAUGCGCGGCGUCCAGCAGACGUCGACCUCCACAAUCACCAGCUGCGUCCUCGGCUGCUUCGAGCGCAAGUCCAAGACGCGCAACGAAUUUCUCAGCCUCGUUGGCGUCAACCGCACAUGAGCUCCUCGACGCGUCUUGCUGCCCGCUGUUCCUGUACCUGGCGCAUGUCUUCUUUUCCCAUUCAACAAUCCAUUCAACCAUCCAUCCACCUAAACGCAUCAACGCACGUGUUGGACCACAUUCACCAAUCUAGCUAUCUCUGCAUUUUCGGCGGCGUUUUGCUUUUUUAAAGACACGGACAAACAGCCUUUAUCCUCUGACAACGAAUGCGACCAGGAUCGACGAGCGGUUCUUCCCCCCUCGUCUUCGUCUGCUGGUUUUCUUCUUUUUCUUUUCUUCUGCUGGGUAUGUGUGCGCUUUCGCAAAAGAAUCAAGAAAGAGGGGGGGUGGGGAGGGGGGAAAGAGAGCGAGAGAGACCAUGUGCAUUCAACAACCUGAACUUGGUCGGCCACGACGACGAUGACAACGAACGACAAUGGUGUUUACGUGUUUUUGCUGUUAUUCUUCACACACACACACACACACAUCAUGUAACGAACACGCGGUCUGGGAGGCGGCGCCGGCGCAGGCGGCGGUGGAGAGCGGUGGAUGGAGGAAGGGCCCGGGCUGCUGCCGGAGACAGACAGCCACUGCAGGUCGAACUGAACUGCCGAUGCCCAGACAUCACCGCCGCCGCCACGGCCACCAGCGAACAACCCGCGCGGCUGGUCUGCAUACACGUAUAGACUUCCUGGGCUCAACGCCCUGAAGAGAGAGAGAGAGAGAGCGGGCUUGAGAAAGAAUCCGAAGCGCGAAGUCGCGACAGAAAUGACAUCACAUCAAAGAGGGAACAUGACGUGCCUAUUCAUCCCACCGUCCGUUGCGAUGCGAUGCGACGUAAUGCAGUGCAACCCGAGGCAUUUGGAG